AUGAACGACAAUGAUUUUGGCGGUUUUCCUUCUUCAUUGAAAAAUUGCUCUGACUUGAGAGAUAUUGAUUUUAGUGGCAACAAACUUACUGGAAACCUACCUUUAUGGAUUGGGUCAGAGCUAUCUAGAUUGCAAAUUCUGCAAUUGCGAUUCAACUUUCUGAGCGGAAGUAUUCCUCAACAAUUGUGCAAUCUCAGAGAACUUCAUAUCCUAGACCUAGGUCAUAAUGACUUUUCAGGGACUAUUCCCAACUGCUUAAGUAAUUUGACUAAUCUAGUGUCUGCUCAUCCCAUUAUGUAUGGCUACGGUUAUUACGAAGAGCAAACAACAAUUAUCUCGAAAGGAAGAGAACUUCAAUAUAGCAAUUCUGAUAAUCUGCCUUUAGUAAUGAGCAUUGAUCUUUCGUCGAAUAAUUUAAAAGGCCAAAUUCCUAAAGAAAUAAGUUCCCUCGUCAGAUUGGUUUUCUUGAACUUGUCAAGAAACCAGUUAACCGGAAAGAUUCCAUCCAACUUCAGAAACUUAAGCAUGUUGGAAACACUUGAUCUCUCAUUUAAUGACCUUUCAGGACAAAUUCCCCAAAGCUUUUCUUCUCUGACCUUUUUGUCUCAAUUGAACUUGUCUCAUAACAACCUCUCCGGCAGAAUCCCUACAGGCCCCCAACUUCAAACACUGGAGAAUUCCUCCUAUGUGGGGAAUCCAUUACUCUGUGGAUUCCCUCUUUUAUCCAAGUGUCAGGGAGAUGACACACCAACAAAACAAAUUUUUCCUGGAGAAGACAAUGAAUAUGAAGAUGACAGCGGAAAGCUUGGUUUCUAUAUCAGCAUGGUCCUCGGGUUUGUCAUAAGCUUCUGGGCUGUUUGUGGCACUUUGGUCCUAAAGAGGGCAUGGAGGUAUGCCUAUUUUCGAUUCUGUGACAACAUCAAGGAGAGAAUCGCACUGAAAAUUGCAUUGAAAGUAGCUCGUUUGCAAGGAAGGCUUUGA